AUGGCGCUUGACGAGAGCAACGACCUUCCUCAGCAUUAUGGCAGCAAAACUAGCAACGGCGAAUUUAUUCAACGUUUGCCAUCUCCAUCAAUACCAUCCUCCCCGCUUCGUGCCUACCAGCCAAGUAGUCGCCGAGACUACUCCCCCGAACGAACCCCAAUGGACUUUCACUUCGGGGCUGAACAUAGUCGAUCGGGAGGUUCGGGGGGUCUCAGACGUCGAGCCAGCUCCAAUGCUCCGCACAGAUAUUCUUUGGGGGAGUAUGAUCGAGAUCGACCCAGCAUGUCAUCCGGAGAGCAUUCGAAAAGACCCCUGAGGUUAAAAGAUGACGGGUACUAUCGCGAGGACGACCGCCACUACCCAAGAAGAGACGAUUGGGCCCAUCAUCCCGACUCAUAUGAGCGAUCAAGGCCCCCUCGGGCAUUUCGCAACGUUGACGCAGGGGAGAGAGGUCCACCAAGACUGACCUUCGACGAGGGAAGAGGUGAUUAUCGCGAGCGUGAUUUGGAACGGGGCGAUUAUCCUGAUGCAAAGCAGGAAAGUACUAGUAGUGAAAACUUCGUAGCAAGCGUCGGAGAGUUUGUUGGCACUACUAUGUUUCUGUUUUUCGCCUUUGCCGGUACACAAGUCGCCAAUAUCCAAUCCACCGCCUCCUCAGACAACGCAUCAACAAGCGGUACCACAUCCGGAGGUGCAACCGGAUUCAACAUCUCAGUAUACCUCUACAUCGCGCUCAUAUUCGGCUUCUCGCUCAUGGUCAAUGUAUGGGUCUUCUUCCGUAUCUCUGGAGGCCUGUUCAAUCCCGCCGUCACCCUCGGCAUGGUCCUGGUAGGCGCGGUCCCUAUCGUCCGAGCCAUCUGUCUAUUCUGCGCACAGAUCUCAGGUUCUGUCGCUGCAUCAGCCAUGGUGCUAGGUCUUUUCCCGACUCAGUUUAAUGUGCGAACCACGCUUGCUGGAGGCACUAGUCUUGUGCAAGGUAUCUUCAUCGAAGCCCUGUUGACGGCCGAACUCGUCUUCACCAUCUUCAUGCUCGCAAAAGAGAAGCACAAGGCUACGUUCAUUGCGCCCGUCGGCAUCGGACUCGCGCUCUUUAUCGCCGAAAUAGUUGGUGUCUAUUACACGGGUGGUUCUCUCAAUCCUGCUAGAUCUUUUGGGCCUUGCGUCGUGACUGCUACGUUUGACCCGGAGCAUUGGAUUUACUGGUUAGGACCGUUUAUCGGAACAUGCAUUGCAGUUUUCUUCUACAAGUUCAUCAAGAUGCUGGAAUACGAGAUGGCGAAUCCCGGGCAGGAUGGCGAUGACAAGAAUGACCCUACCAAGAACGAGGAAAAGAAGCAUGAGGUGCAAGCCAGGUCGCGGAGUAUAUUCACGUGA